GUAAAACUACCUCACUAGAUUUGAUUUGAUUUGAUUUGAUUUGAUUCGUUUGGUCACUGCAAUCUGCAAAAGAAGUAGAAACCAAUUAAGCUUAUCGAUUCUACGUUCUUCGUCCAUAGCAGGAGAUAUCUUAUCGCAGCCUCAGGGAAGAGAUCUAUCGGAAUCGUACCGUCCAAUGUCGACUCCAGCUGACGUCGCCGGCAGAGGAUCAAUCACUCAUGUCAUAUUGGACAUGGACGGUCUUCUUCUCGAUACUGAGAAGUUCUAUACCGAGGUCCAAGAAAUCAUACUUGCUAGAUUCAACAAAACGUUUGAUUGGUCUCUCAAGGCUAAGAUGAUGGGUAGAAAAGCUAUAGAAGCUGCUAGGAUUUUUGUUGAAGAAAGCGGGAUCAGUGAUUCUCUUUCAGCUGAGGACUUCCUUGUCGAGAGGGAGGCAAUGUUGCAAGACCUUUUCCCUACUAGUGAGCUAAUGCCAGGGGCUAGCCGACUAAUCAAGCAUCUUCAUGCAAAGAAUAUUCCAAUUUGUAUUGCUACGGGUACUCAUACACGGCAUUAUGAACUAAAAACCCAAAGACACAAAGAGCUUUUCUCAUUGAUGCAUCACGUAGUUCGCGGUGAUGAUCCAGAGGUGAAGCAAGGAAAGCCUGCCCCAGAUGGCUUUCUCGCUGCAGCUAGAAGAUUUAAGGACGGUCCUGUGGAUCCACAAAAUGUUCUGGUAUUCGAAGACGCUCCAUCUGGAGUUCUUGCUGCUAAAAAUGCCAAAAUGAACGUGGUCAUGGUGCCGGAUCCUAGACUAGAUAUCUCUCACCAAGAUGUUGCAGAUCAAAUCCUAACCUCUCACCAAGAAGGUGGCCAAAGAGACGCGUCGUGUGGAUGUACUUUGUUACCGUCUUUCUCUAGGACAGAAGCUGUUGAGAGGUACAAGGAAGUAUCGCAAUCUGUUGGAACUCAUGGAUGAGUCAGUGAAGAAGCUAGAGGGUGACGUGGGUCCGUUGUCGGGUUGGGCAAUGAAGAUGGCUCGAGGUAUCGUCAAUAGACUUUCUUCGGGGGCACAAGUUCAGAAACUGUGUUCUUUGGCUAUGGAAGCUCUGGACAAAAUUGUCUCACCAUCAGAAUCUAUUUCAAGACAAG